GUCCCGGCCUCUGGAGCCUACUUCCUGAGCUACGAAUGGAUCAAGGAUACACUUAAGAAACGGAGCGGAUCUGGUGACGAACUGAGUGUUGGUAAAACCCUUUUCGCUGGUGGUAUUGCUGGUAUAUUCAACUGGCUUGUUGCCAUUCCACCGGAUGUUCUCAAGUCCCGUUACCAGAGCGCUACCCGAUCUAUGACUAUCUCUUAUGACUUCGUUGUGAGUUUGAAAGAAAUAAACGACGUUGAGGUUGUUUUGUGA